CUUCCGCCAUACGCGAGGACGCAUCUUCCGUCUCACGUCUUCAGCGCCGCUGUCUGCAAAUCCGGUGUCCGGAAGUUUCCGGAAGUGGCCGUCCGCCGGCUUCCGAUGCGGGUCGGAAAAAAUGGCUGUGGCAUCCGUGUUCCCGGCUCUUGCGCGGAUGCUUGCUCUGUCUCGGCACCACCUGGUGUCUCCUUCACUCAGCGUGACAUCAUUCAGACGCUGCUACAGAGGUGACAGCCCGACUGAUUCCCAGAAGGACAUGAUUGAAAUCCCUUUGCCUCCGUGGCAGGAGCGAACCGAUGAAUCCAUAGAAACCAAAAGAGCCCGCCUGCUCUAUGAGAGCAGAAAGAGAGGAAUGUUGGAAAACUGCAUUCUGCUUAGCCUCUUUGCUAAGGAAUAUCUGCACCACAUGACGGAGAAACAGCUAAACCUCUACGAUCGCCUGAUUAACGAGCCCAGUAAUGACUGGGAUAUUUAUUACUGGGCUACAGAAGCAAAACCAGCCCCAGAAAUAUUUGAAAAUGAAGUCAUGGCACUGCUGCGAGACUUUGCUAAAAACAAAAAUAAAGAGCAGAGACUGCGGGCCCCAGAUCUCGAAUACCUCUUCGAGAAGCCACGUUGAGCUGCGCGCGGCUGCCCGCCUGGCCUGGGUCCUCGGGCGCUCACUGCUUGUGACCGAGAGUAGCCUUGGUUUCCUGCUUCUCCUUAGGUGCUCAGCCCGCCCAGGCUGUUCGCCCUGCCUCCCAUGGUGGACCUGCCUCCCUCGGAGGACAUGUAAAUAAAUGUUCAGUGUAUCUCACGCUAA